AUGACGGGUAAUCCGGGUGGAACGCCCGGGAAAACGAGUACUGCGCGGAAGGGGCGGGGCAGGGGCGGGGCGGAGCCGGUGGGGAGGUCUCCCCUGUGGCCCCGGGCGCCUGCGCAAAUCAGCCCUCUGGAAGCUCCAGCCGUCGGGCCGCGCUUCACGUCUUCUCGCGCUUGCUGUCUCCUCAGCCUCCAGUCGCUUCGCUUCACCGGACGCCAUGCCCCGCCUGCUCGUUCUUUGCCUACUUCCCCGCCGCCGCGUGACCCAAUUGGGGCUCCAACCCGGCCGCCGCCUGGCCCGCUCGGAGUCCCGCCGCCGCCAGCACCGCAAGUCGUCUGUGGACAGCGCCGUUGCGCUCGUGAUGGUUUUUGCGACCUUCUUAGCACCGAGCGGGUAUGUGCUGAGCAAUCUGAGCGACCUCAGAAGAGCGUAGGUGGAAGAAGCUGUGGAGCUGCGUUAACACCCGAGGAGCUUUCAGAAAAAGCGGUGGCUUGCUUAAAGGAGGAAAAGCGUUUAGCUGGGCUGACGCUGCAGCCAUUGUGGGUAUUCAGUUCACAACCGUGUGUUUUUGUGAAAGCUGAUGAGAAUUUCAUGAUGAAAAAUAGAAUAAGAAGAACGGCAACAGAAGGUCAGGGAUGGCGGCGGUCACGCCAUCAAAUGUAUUUUAUGGGAGUGAAUGCACGUAUCUAGCGGCAUCAACAUUAAAAGAUUAGAUAUGUAGCAGUAA